AUGGGCCCCAACCUGCCCCUGCUGCUGUUCCUGGGACUAGCAGGCCAGGGCUUGGCUGGCAGCCUCCCUGAGGUGCUGCAGGCGCCUGUGGGGAGCUCCAUCCUGGUGCAGUGCCACUACCGACUCCAGGAUGUCAAGGCUCGAAAGGUGUGGUGCCGGUUCCUGCCAGAGGGAUGCCAGCCCUUGGUGUCGUCAGCUGUGGAUCGCAGGGCCCCAGCCAGCAGCCGCGUCUUUCUCACUGACCUGGGGGGUGGCCUGCUUCAGGUGGAGAUGGUUACCCUACAGCAGGAGGAUGCCGGAGAGUAUGGCUGCGUGGUAGAGGGCAUCUCAGGGCCCCAGACUGUGCACAGAAUCAGUCUGGAUGUGCUCCCUGCAGCUCCUGGCCUGAAAGAGGAGGACAAGGAGACCCAUCAGGUCAGGAGUCUGGCUGACAUCUCCACCUCAGAUCCUGUGGGCAGUGCCAGCCCUUUGGAUCCCAGCCGAGAUAAGAAGAGCAGACCCUUGAUUUGGGGUGCUGUGCUCCUGCUGGGCCUGCUGGUGAUGGCGGUGGUGCUGUUCGCUGUGAUGGCCAAAAGGAAAGGGAACAGGCUUGCUGCCUGUGGACGAUUUCAGAGCAGUGGAGUCUCAGGCUCGGCCCCCUCCUCAGUGGUCCACCACAUCAGUGACUCUGGACUGGCUGUUGACUUGCCAUCGGAUGUACCAUAUGUUAGGCUCGAUUCGCCACCUUCCUUUGACAAUAACACCUACACCAACCUUCCUCUUGAUUCCCUGUCAGGGAAACACCCACCCCCAGCCCCAUCCUGUGUGCCCCCUCUGCCUCCUAAGGCUGAGAUCUGCUCCAAGCCUGUGACAUACGCCACAGUCGUCUUCCCUGGAGGCGACAAGAGUGGAGGAGCCUCCUUCGAGCCAGCCCAGGAUCCACCUAAUAGCGAGAUUCCACCCAGCUAAGCUGUUCACCAUCUUGUAAACUCACAGAGAUCAACCCCAGGGUUCUGUGUAGCCAUCCACGCAGCCUGUGCCCUAGAUUCUUAGGAUAUCAGAGCAACUAGGGUCUUUAGGAUCUGAUCUAAUAUCUUGACUUUCUUCACCUGGUGAUACUUGGAACGACUGAGGUGUCUGGGGAAGCCCCCCAUGCUAGUUCCUCUGCCAUUACACCACAGGGCUAAAUAAACUCUAAAUGAUAAUAUAUGAGCUCUUGAUGCUUGAGGGGGAAGGAAAGGGCCCAAGUUUGACUUCACAUGGCCUGAGAGCUGGUGGGAGAAGGGGGAUAAUAAUUAGUUAAAGGAGAUUCAGGACAGAUGAGGUAUGAGAGAUGGAGUUGAAAAGAAACAGGAGUAAGAUCAGAAACUGAAAUAGAUACCAAGCUUAUUCCUUGGCAGGACAAAGGAUUUUCAAGCACCAGGAAAUAAAAGAACUUUGCAGACAUCAGUUUUACCAGAGCUGGCUCUUUCUCAACUGGGUGAUCAUCUGGUAGUUCUGUUCCCUUUGGCCUGAACUCUGAGCCUGGGAUGAGUCCAGUGGAAAAAGGGCAUGGGGGUGAGGGGAGGAGGAAUAAAUGGUAAGGGUAUGGCCAUGGUUAAGUGUAAAUGAAAGCUAGUCCAGGCUGGGGGUAGGAGGCCCUUUAAGGUUUCUGCCAUGAUUUCUUCUCAACUGUUCAGUUUGAAAAUAUUUGCCCAUACUGAGAUGAGAGACUUAAAUGGAGAAGAUGAGGUGCUCAGGAACCCAGUCUUUAUAUAUAAUCAUGGAGAACUAAGCAAAAAGAGGUUUUCACCAUCUGGACCAUCUGGAAAGGCCCUAAGCUUGGUCUAGGUAUCUGAGGAGAAGGAACAGGCAGGGACUGUGUAAGUCUAGUGAUGCUAUUUUCAGGAAGCUCUGGCAGGAUGUUUUGAGCUUCCUCUGAUAGAGUCUCAGCCUGUGACAGAACCUAAAUUUACUCUGUCCCUUAGGGAGGCAGGAGCUGCCCGUCAAUCAACUAAGCCCACAUUUCCCCUGGCUAAGAUGACUGGGGACUUGCCUGGUGGGAAGGCAGGGUUUGGGGG